UCAGCUUUCCACUGAAAAUGCCGCAAUUUCUCGGAAUAGAAUGGGUGGAUCUAUUCUCAUCAAUUCAACGUAAAAAGACAUACUUGGGAGUUGUCUAUCACUUUAUGCUCACUUACCCACUUGCACUUUUCGUCACCAUUUUGCCAUUUUUCUUGCUUUUCACUUUCCAAUGGCACAUUUUGGCUCUCUACGCUUGCUGGUACUUCUACGAUAUGGAUUCUCCGAGGAGAGGUGGAUAUUCCAGUGAUUGGGUCAGAAAAUGGCGUGUCAACGACUGGUUCGCCCAAUACUUCCCAAUCAACUUGCACAAAACUGCCGAACUCUCCACGGACAAGAACUAUCUGGUUGGAAUCCAUCCUCAUGGUAUCAUCUCCAUGGCUGCAUGGUCUAAUUUUGCCACCAAUGGAACGGGAAUCUAUGAGAAAUUCCCUGGAAUUCGCUGGAAUUUGUGCACUUUAGCACUUCAGUUCAGAAUGGCCAUCCGUCGUGAGCUUCUCCUUCUCACCGGCCUAAUCGACUGCUCCAGAGAAUCCAUUGAAUAUGUGCUUGACAAAUGUGGCCAGAAGGGACGUGCAGUGGUAUUGGUGAUUGGAGGAGCCGAAGAAGCUUUAGAUGCUCAUCCAGGCUACCACACACUCACUUUGGCAUCAAGAAAGGGAUUUGUUCGGGAGGCUUUGAUUACUGGUGCCUACUUGGUCCCGGUGUAUUCUUUUGGAGAGAAUGACGUUUUUGAACAGAUGGAGAAUCCAGUUGGCUCACGGCUCCGCAACUUCCAAGAAUGGUGCAAAAGCAUUUUCGGCAUCUCAUAUCCAAUUUUCCAUGGUCGUGGCUUCUUCCAACUAACUUUCGGAUAUCUUCCAUUCCGUAAACCAAUCGAUACCGUAGUCGGAGCCCCAAUUCCCGUUGAAAAAGUGGAAAAUCCGACGAAAGAGCAAAUCGACGAGCUUCACACCAUUUAUUGUCAAAAGUUGACGGAGCUGUUCGAUGAGCACAAGGAAAAAUAUGGAGUGGAGAAGGACGUGCCGUUGGUGCUCCGGUAGAGCGGAAAAUUUGAAAUGUUCUGUGAAAAGUGCCAGUUUUUGAUGAGAUUUCUGUAUUUUAUCGUGCCAUAAUUUUUGUUUUUCGAGCCUUGUUUUAAGUUGUUACGGUUGAAUGAAGCUUUUUUGUCAUGAAAAUUCAAAUCUAAAACUUAAAAUAAAAUAAAAUCGAAAAU